AUGGCAACUGAAUUCAAGGUUCGGGAUAUGGGUGCUCCUACGUUCUUUCUUGGGAUUGAGACUGCUCCUCUGCAAUCUGGGAUGCUUUUGUCUCAGCAACGGUACAUGCGUGAUAUUCUGAAGAGGGCUGGCAUGGUUGAUUGCAAGUCGUUUGUCACUCCGGUGUCCUUGACUCGUGAUAGUACUGAUGAUGGUGUUCCCUAUGCAGAUCCUACUCAAUACCGCAGUCUUGUCGGAGCUCUUCAGUAUCUUAUUGUGACACGGCCUGACUUGUCCUUUGUGGUGAACAGACUGUGUCAGUUUAUGCAUGCGCCUUCCACUGUGCAUUGGGCUAUGCUCAAGCGUGUACUUCGUUAUGUGAAGGGUACUCUUCACUAUGGUCUUUGUGUUCAUAAGUCUGAUUCGGUGGAAAUUCAUGCCUUUUCUGACUCGAAUUGGGCUGGUGAUCCUGCUGACCGGAAGUCAACAAGUGGAUUUGCUGUGUUCUUUGGUGGUAAUCUUAUUUCUUGGACUUGUCGCAAACAACGUACAGUUGCUCGAUCUUCGACGGAGGCCGAAUAUAAGGCAUUGGCUUAUGUGUCUGCUGAGGUGACAUGGCUUGUUUCUCUGCUUCGAGAGCUUGGUCUUGAUUCUUCUGAGCCUCCGACUCUUUGGUGUGACAAUCUGGGGGCUACUUACUUGUGUGCGAACCCCGUCUUUCAUGCUCGGACGAAGCAUGUUGAGAUUGACUAUCAUUUCGUCCGUGAUAAGGUUGCUAAGAAGGAGUUGCAGGUUCAUUUCAUUUCGACGAAGGACCAGUUGGUUGAUAUGUUCACUAAGCCUUUGGCGGGUCCUCGGUUCACUACUUUGCGAGACAAGCUCAAUGUUUCUACUCCACCUUGA